AUGCCAUGUGACCACGGCGAGAGCGGAGAAGUAAAAGUGAUGUGGGUGGUAGCCGCGCUCCUCGCGGUUGCUGCACUACGGGCUAGUGCAACCUCCUGUACAGAGGCGCGAACCCGAUGCGCCUACCGUACGGGAUGCGGCUACGCGCUCAACAACUACAUGUACCUCUGCAGUGAAGUCCUCUCCGAACCCACCAGCGUGUGCCCGAAGCCUUGUGAGCAUGCCCUCAUAGCGUUGACGUCCACCGAGGAGGGAAAGGAACUUAUGAACUGCGAGUGCGAGGACAAGUAUUGCGAGGAGGCGAAGCAACGGAUCGACGUCUGCCGUUCCCAAGUGCUGAGGGGCGCUGCCAACGCGACUUCGUCGUGCCGCCUCUCGCAGCUGAUCUGCCUCGCCGAUGCGCAAUGUUCCACUGCGCUGAGCUACUACAGGCAGCUCUGCCGCUCGAUGUAUCGCGGCAGGAAGUGCUCCAACCGCUGUCUCAACUCGAUAGAGAUACUAAAGAAGCAGGAUAAGGCCGCCGCGCUGACCGAGUGCCGCUGCGAUGGCGACGAGGACUUCGACUGCCCGAGGAUGCAGAGCAACCUCGCCCGCCUCUGCUUCCACAAGCACCAGAAGAACCACACGCGGCCCCACAAGAAAACGCCGCACGAGGAAACCCUAUCCGCCGCCGGUCUAUUGCGCGCGUCGAGGUGGACGGUCUACUUUUGCCUGUUCUACCGUUUAGUGUACACAUAUCCAGAUAGAGCGGUGGACGCCUCAGCUCACGGGCGCGUGCGCGGGCGUCGCUAUAAAUAUGGCGGCGCUGGUGGUCCUGUGACAAAUGCCGCAUUGGACGCUUGCCGUCGUUGCAAUUCGGCUUUCUACCGCCACAGCCCAGUG